CCACCCGGCCCGCCCGCUUUUCCAGCCGGGCCGGCGGGGCCGCACGCUCAGGCCGUGGGAUCGGCUCUGGAAUGACUCAUCUCAGAUUCUUCCAGAACUUGGCUGGACCCAUGCCCGAGCCUGUGUCCUCAUGACUAGGUGGAUUGCACUCCUUGUGCCUGCAACCCAGAACUCUGGCUGACCACACUGAAGCAGGAUGCUCCAGCAGGUGAAUGGCCAUAGUUCAGGCCCUGAUGCCCACGGUGGGAAAGCCCUCAGAGAAGACCUGCAGGAGUUCCUAGGCCAGGAGGCCCCGCUGCACCUGCUGGAUGACCUCACCAAGGUGAAUCCUGUGACGCUGGAGACAGUCCUGAGGUGUUUGCAGGCCCGGUACAUGGCAGACACAUUCUACACCAAUGCUGGCUGCACCCUGGUGGCUCUGAACCCCUUCAAGCCUGUCCCUCAGCUCUACUCGCCAGAUCUGAUGAAAGAGUACCAUGCUGCUCCUCAGCCCCAGAAACUGAAACCCCACAUCUUCACUGUGGGUGAACAGACCUACAGGAAUGUCAAGAGCCUGAUUGAGCCAGUCAACCAGUCCAUCGUUGUCAGUGGAGAGAGUGGUGCUGGAAAGACAUGGACGUCCCGUUGCCUGAUGAAGUUCUACGCUGUGGUGGCUGCCUCACCUACAUCCUGGGAGAGCCACAAGAUUGCAGAGAGGAUCGAGCAGCGCAUCUUGAACUCCAACCCUGUCAUGGAAGCUUUUGGGAAUGCGUGCACGCUGAGGAAUAACAACAGCAGUCGCUUUGGGAAGUUCAUCCAGCUCCAAAUGAACAGGGCCCAUCAGAUGACUGGAGCUGCAGUCCAGACCUACCUCCUAGAGAAAACUCGCGUGGCCUGCCAGGCCUCCAGUGAGAGGAACUUCCACAUCUUCUACCAGAUCUGCAAAGGAGCCAGUGCAGACGAGAGGCUCCGGUGGCACCUCCCCGAGGGAGCCGCCUUCUCCUGGCUGCCCAACCCAGAGAGGACCUUGGAAGAGGAUUGUUUUGAGGUGACCAGAGAGGCCAUGCUUCAUCUUGGCAUCGACACCCCAACCCAGAACAACAUCUUUAAGGUCCUGGCUGGACUGCUGCACCUCGGGAACGUCCGGUUUGCUGACUGUGAGGAUGAAGCCCAGCCCUGCCAGCUGAUGGACGAUGCCAAGGGCUUUGUCAGAACAUCGGCCUCGCUGCUCUGGCUCCCAGAGGACCCACUGCUGGAGACACUGAGGAUCAGGACCAUCAGGGCGGGCAGGCAGCAGCAGGUGUUCCGGAAGCCCUGCUCCCUAGCCGAGUGCGACACCCGCAGAGACUGUCUGGCCAAACUGAUCUAUGCACGGCUGUUCGACUGGCUGGUAUCGGUGAUCAACAGCAGCAUCUAUGCGGCCCCCGACUCCUGGACCACUUUCAUAGGCCUGCUGGAUGUGUACGGCUUUGAGUCAUUUCCUGACAACAGUCUGGAACAGCUGUGCAUCAACUAUGCCAAUGAGAAGCUGCAACAGCACUUUGUGGCUCACUACCUAAGGGCUCAGCAGGAGGAAUACGCACUGGAGGGCCUGGAGUGGUCAUUUGUCAACUACCAGGACAACCAGACCUGUUUGGACCUCAUCGAGGGGAGCCCCAUCAGCAUCUGCUCCCUCUUAAACGAGGAAUGCCGCCUUAAUCGGCCAAGCAGUGCAGCCCAGCUCCAGACACGCAUUGAAAGUGCCCUGGCAGGCAGCCCCUGCCUAGGCCACGACAAGCUCAGCCGGGAGCCCAGCUUCAUUGUGGUGCAUUACGCGGGGCCUGUGCGGUACCACACCGCAGGCCUGGUGGAGAAGAACAAGGACCCUGUGCCCCCUGAGCUGACCAGGCUCCUGCAGCAAUCCCAGGACCCCCUGCUCAAGGUGUUAUUUCCUACUGACCCAGAAGAGAAGUCCCAGGAGGAGCCUUCUGGCAAGAGCAGGACCCCAGUGUUGACCGUGGUGUCCAGGUUCAAGGCCUCCCUGGAGCAACUUCUGCAGGUUCUGCACAGCACCACGCCCCACUACAUUCGCUGCAUCAAGCCCAACAGCAAGGGCCAGGCCCAGACCUUCCUCCGGGAGGAGGUCCUGAGCCAGCUGGAGGCCUGUGGCCUCGUGGAGACCAUCCACAUCAGUGCCGCCGGCUUCCCCAUCCGGGUCUCUCACCGGAACUUUGUGGAACGGUACGCAUUACUGAGGCAGCUCCGUCCUCGCACAGCCCUGAGCCCCCAGAGCCCGACUCUUAAUGAAGGGCGCUCAGAAUGGUCUCCACAGGCCGCGGAGGCCACGCUGCAGCCUCUGCUCCAGGACAUACUCCGCACUCUCCCCGCUCUACCUGGGGCAGCAGCCACAUCGGGCGACUCGGCGAAGGCCACGCCAGCCACAGUGCACUGUGGCAGGACCAAGGUGUUCAUGACGGACUCCACGCUGGAGCUCCUGGAACGCAGGCGUGCCCAGGUGCUGGAGCAGUGUGCCCGCUGCAUCCAGGCUGGCUGGAGGCGACACCGGCAUCGCAAGCAGGAGAGGCAGAGGCGGGCUGCGGUGCUCAUCCAGGCAGCCAUUCGCUCCUGGUUAACUCGGAAGCACGUCCAGAGGCUGCACGUAGCUGCAACAGUCAUCAAGCGCGCAUGGCAGAAGUGGAGAAUCAGAAUGGCCUUCCUUGCUUCUAAAGAACUGGAUGGUGUAGAAGAAAAACACUUGUUUCAAGCUCCCCGUUCCCCAAGCUCCUUCCCGCUGCCCCAGGCACAGAGCUGGCUCCCGGGGGCAAUAAUCCGCCUCUGGCCCCUGGGACUGGUCCUGGCCAACGCAGCCGUGGGUGUGCAUGGCUUUCAGAGGAAACUGGUGGUCUGGGCCUGCCUCCAGCUCCCCAUCAGCAGCCCCCGUAGCUACACUGUCCAGACAGCACAAGAGCAAGAUGGUGUCACGUCCAUCCGAGCACUGCCUCAGGGCUCGAUCAAGUUUCACUGCAGGAAGUCUCCGCUGCGCUAUGCUGACAUCUGCCCCGAACCGUCGUCCGACAGUGUUACUGGCUUUAAUCAGAUUCUGCUGGAAAGACACAGACUGGGCGACGUGUGAUCUCUUCUCACCUCCUAUCCUUACCUGGCCGGGCAACCCGUGGUGCCUUUGUUUCUACAGUGCCUUUCCUGCCAGCUGCCUUGCCAAAGACAUCUAAUCAACACACAGCUGCCAAACUACUCCCAGGCCUGUGAGAGUGAUGGCUCCUGCCUGCCCGCCUGCCUGCAGGGCUAUGCGGCCAAUCACCAGUGGUGCCUGGGGCUCGAGCCUCCAUCUCCAGCACUGACAGGUGUCAGGGUUAGUAGUUCCCAAACCAAGAUUAAGAAACAGCAAGGCCACAUCUUAACUACAUUCACGGAGCCAACUGCAAUCAAACAAGAUUGAGAGUUGUCUGUUGCUACAGUGGGGUACCCCCCCCACUCUGAUUCCCCACAAACAGAACAGGCAACUUGAGAUCAGCUCUAAAAUUUUGGCUGGGGAAAUUCUGCGUUUAGUUCCUUUAAAAGGAACAAAACUUUACUAUUUAAUAUGUUGUUGAUUUAUGUAAUUUCAAGCAAGUAAAUUAUGAAUCAAGGAUGAUGAACAAUGCAAUGUAACACAGAACCACACCUUGAUUUUAUUUAGUAACACUGAGCAAGUUUUCACUCCAAAGAGUAUGAAACUUGAUAAAUUAUCUCACAAUAUCUACCUUAACUGUACCAAAAAUAAAUAACUUAAAAACAA